UUUUGCAGCGUGUAAACUCGUUGUACCCACAAUGCAAAGCAAUGCUAGCUGGUCCCUAGCAGAGCAGAAAACAACAACAGGCUACUUUGCGAAGAAGGCAGCUGCAUGGAUAGCGACAACAACGACGACCAGGAUUUCAUGCAUGCAAAGAGCAUUUCUUCUGCCAAAAAGCAUCUUAGCAUUAUAAUCAGCGGUGGCGGCAGCAGCGGUGCCAUGAACAGUGGACUCCCAGCUUCAGCUGCUCCGCUCGGGGUUGCCGGGAUACCAAAUGUCAAGGUGAAGUUUUGCCGAUAUUACGCGAAAGACAAAACCUGCUUUUAUGGAGAAGAGUGUCAGUUCCUGCAUGAUGAACCGUCCAUGGGAAGCCUGCCGCUGCACGGUGGCGGUAGCCCCGUCCCGUUGUCCAUGGCCGGGGGUGGCGGGACGCCAGCGGGGUAUUCCCUUGGCGGACCCGCGGCCGCCUGCCCGGGUGGCGGGGGGACCGGUGUGUCCAAGAAAAGCGAAACAUUGGGGCCUGCAGGCACGUCUCUGGAGGGGCAGCUGUUAACCAUCCCAGGGAUGGAGGGUGCGUCACUGAGCGAUGCCAAUCUCACCAAUUCUUACUUCAGCAGCAGCUUUAUUGGGGUCAAUGGGUUUGGAAGCCCAGCAGAGUCUAAAUACUCAAUGAUGCAGCGAAUGACUACCAGCAGCAGCUCUCCCAGUCUCCUUAACGACGGUGCCAAGAACUUCAGCCACAGCACUCAUGAUCCAGUGAACUCCCCGACAUCCUCACUAUUUAGUGAUUUUGGUUCUCUUAGCAUUUCCCAAAGGAGAAAGGCUCCUAACCCAGCAGCAAGUGAGUUCAUCCCUAAGGGAGCUCCACGCAUGGCAGCCAUGGCUCAGUCCACCAUGGCUCAGUCCACUAUGGCUCAGUCCACUAUGGCUCAGUCCACUAUGGCUCAAACCACCAUGGCUCAGUCCACAGUCCAGGCCUUCCCUUCACCAAUCUUCCCACAUCCUGGUCUCAGCAGCUCCACAGCUGCUGCGCUGGCUCCUGGCAUGUCUCUGUCUGCGGGAUCUUCUCCUCUUCACUCCCCAAAAAUUACACCGCACACCUCACCUGCUCCUCGCCGGCGCAGUCACACCCCAAACCCUGCCAACUACAUGGUGCCCACCACUGCAGCUGACCAGGCUACUCACAUAAUCCAGAAAGAGACUGUAGGGGGGACGACCUACUUCUACACAGACAACACCCCGGCACCAAUGGCUGGGAUGGUGUUUCCUACCUACCAUAUCUAUCCCCCCACUGCUCCCAAUGUGGCUUACAUGCAGCCGAAAGCCAAUGCCCCAUCUUUCUUCAUGGCUGAUGAACUCCGACAGGAGUUGAUAAACAGACAUCUGAUAACCAUGGCCCAGAUUGAUCACUCAGAGAACCCAGAUGUACCGUCUGAGGUGGACAGCUACCACAGCCUCUUUCCCCUCGAGGCCCUCCCCCCACCAAACCGCAUGCAGAAGACCAGCAACUUCAGCUACAUCACCUCCUGCUACAAGGCAGUCAACAGCAAAGAUGACCUGCCUUACUGCCUGAGGAGGAUACACGGUUUCCGCCUUGUUAACACCAAGUGCAUGAUGCUGGUGGACAUGUGGAAGAAGAUUCAGCACUCAAACUCAGUAACACUGAGGGAGGUCUUCACCACAAAGGCCUUUGGAGACCAUUCGUUGGUGUUCUCCUAUGACUUCCAUGCGGGUGCAGAAACCAUGUUCAGCAGACACUUCAAUGAUCCAGCAGCAGACUCGUACUUCACCAAGAGGAAGUGGGGACAACACGAGCCUCCUCCGCCACGGCAGCAUGCAGGUCUGCUCCCCGAGUCUCUGAUCUGGGCUUACAUCGUCCAGCUCAGCUCGGCCCUGCGCACCAUCCACACCGCCGGCCUGGCCUGCCGCGUCAUGGACCCCAGCAAGAUUGUUAUUACUGGCAAGACCAGGUUACGGGUGAACUGUGUUGGUGUGUUUGAUGUCUUAACUUUUGACAGCAGUCAGACCAAUCAUCUUGCCCUAAUGCCACAGUACCAGCAAGCAGACCUAGUGUCACUGGGCAAGGUGGUGCUGGCGCUGGCAUGUAACUCCUUGGCUGGCAUUCAAAGGGAGAACCUGCAGAAGGCCAUGGAGCUGGUGUCUAUCAACUACUCGUCAGACCUCAAGAACCUCAUUCUGUAUCUGCUUACUGAACAGUCUCGCCUGCGCAGUGUCAACGACAUUAUGCCGAUGAUUGGAGCUCGCUUCUACACACAACUGGAUGCAUCGCAGAUGAGGAAUGAUGUCAUUGAGGAAGACCUGGCUAAGGAGGUGCAAAACGGCCGUCUCUUCCGCCUGUUGGCUAAACUGGGCACGAUCAACGAGCGUCCAGAGUUUCAGAAGGACCCGACGUGGUCGGAGACGGGCGACCGCUACCUGUUGAAGCUUUUCCGGGAUCACCUGUUCCACCAGGUGACAGAAGCUGGGACGCCCUGGAUCGACCUCAGCCACAUCGUCUCCUGCCUCAACAAACUGGACGCGGGCGUUCCUGAGAAGAUCAGCCUGGUGUCUCGGGAUGAGAAAAGCGUCCUGGUUGUGACCUACUCGGACCUGAAGCGCUGUUUCGACAGUACCUUCCAGGAGCUGCAGGCUGCAGCCUCCGGCUCUCUGUAGCGCCCUCUUCGGGCCCGGGAUGGGACUGCCCGUACCUGGAGCACACUAUUGCACUACAGCGAGGACCAGGCUCAUGGAGAUGACAUCAGCAUGGUGAAGGCAGCGGGGCAGGGCUUCUUGAACCUCAGUCACAUACACUGACCGUGUCCACCAGGAAGGCUUUUUCUAAAGUGUAUUUUUUUUAGUUUUCCUAAACCCCGCAGCUGAAAAUCAUAAAUCAAAAGGAAAAAAACAAAACAUAAAAGGACAAAUACGGAAGCUGUGACGAACGAGUAUGAUGACAUUUUUUUAGAUUUGGGGAACAAAACGAGAAACAAACCACGAGGUUUUGAACUUUUUCCGGCUUUUAUUGUUUGUUUCUACAGUUGGGAUUUAUUUUUCUGAAGAGGAUGCACUAAGAUUUUAAUUUUUUUGUUAAUUUGUUUUUUUUUAUCAAUUUGUGUGAGUGGCCUACAGGGUGUACAGAGAGCUAACGUCACACACGGACAUGAAACCAGAGCAAGAAUUAAAACAAACAAACAAAGAAAUCCAGCUUUCUAUCGCCUGCAUCUCUCUUCCGGCUGGAGACCGCACCCCUUCAUUCUGACGCUCUAGGGGAGGGGACAUACCAAUCGAGGCUUUCAUUGGGGUGGGAUGCCACCUGUUUCAUCAAAUGGACCAUCCCGCCUUUGCCUCGGUUGUUGGUUCCCCCCCCCCUCAGAAAGGAAAAACCACUUGGGUGGGUGGGUUCUUAAAACUGGAAAAAUGGAUGACAUUUGUGUUCAGGAGAUUGUGGAACAUCAGGCUCAUAUGUGUGGGUGGGUGGGCUCGCAUGGACUGGGAUUUGGGGGGUUAAAGGUGGGGGGGUUUUUUGGCACUGAAGAAGGGGUGUCUUCUCCCGGUGCCGCCUACAAAGUGUUUGUUACAUAUGCAGCAACCACCUUUUGGUUAAUGGACACUAUUGUGACAUGAACUGCUCAAGGAUGGGUGGGUUUGUUUCAGCUGUCCAGCACCUGGUUGUAGCCCGUGGGUGGGUGGGUGGGUCUUCUGUUGAGGUGGAGCCACAGCUGCCUCUUUGUGGAAUGUCCUUAUUUUGUCCCCCGCCCAUCCUCCUGCCCCCAAUGUCCCCUUUCUCUCUUUCUCUCUCCUCUUCUUCCUGCUUUUAUCCCGAUCUGCCCGUCUACGUUUGAGAGAAAAGUGACACUUUUUGUGAUUUUUCUAGGUAUUUUUUCUCUUUGCUCAGAUAUUGUGCAGGAAUGCAUGAUGGGAACUUGGAGGGCAAUUCAUUUUUGCCUCAAUUCAACUUUAUUAUUCUGUGGACCAAUUCCAGCAGGGGGGGGAGGGGGAGGGAUGGAGGGCCAAGAAGUGAACAGGGCACCAACUGUUUUUUAGUUUUAUUUUACUUUUAAAGAUCAUGGAAUAUGCUGGAGACGAAGCAGCGGCGCCGACUGCUGCUCUCACUCGAAUGGCUUGGAUUUCUCUCAGGAUGACUAACAGCUGGAGGGGCCCAAUGAUUGAAUGUGUUUGGCUGUCAUUGGCUGCCCCCUGUCCAGUCGGAUAGAUGAGUGGGUGGGACGUCUUCUGGUGGAGGUUAAGAGCGUUACACGUAGGCACUGUGGAGAUCAUGCUGUAGGGACUUCAUGUUGCCCUUAAGUACGGUUCAUAUUCCUUUUGAUUUAAAUCUCUUUGAAUCAAAGCGACUGAAUACAUUUGGUGCAAACCUGCUUCACCCUGAUAAAGAGAUGAAUCCAAGCGCUGUCUCACCACUGUUCUUGAUUUCUCUGCCUUAGUGUAGUUCUCUGUAGCUUUCGACGUGCGUGUACAAACGUAAGACUAGAAGAACAGGGUCUCGUGUAUGAAGCACACGGUCAGAGAAGAGACGGAUCAAGGUGAACGACGUAAACAAGAACAGUGUCUCGGCUUUUACCUUUCAGAGUUAGCAUUGAAGUGGACGGUCUGUACUUGGGGGUAACACACCUGCAGGGCGCUGGUAAGAUCAUGUACUACUUCCUCUGUUUUAGUGAAAUAAACAGACACAUAAUUGGUGAAUGUGGUGCUAUAGAAAACCCUCAAAACACACACACGCCCCCCCAACUUGGUCCACACAAUGUCAGUGCUCAUAUCACUAUCUUCCACCUCAUAACACACUCCAGUUAAUAUUAGUGACGGACUUCUUCUCCUCCCCCACAUCAGCACAACUACUACAAUCACCAUCUUAGUAUGUUUUAUGCCCCUCUUGUGUUCUCUUGUCUCAAAUUUUGCAAUAUUUGUGUGUACAGCAGUAUUUUAAUAAAGAAUACCAAAACUGA